AAUACUGCUUUGCCAAAUAAAUCUCUAAUACUCUCACUUUUUAUUUGUGCGAGGUGGUCACACCAGUUUGACAAUGAGUAAUAAUUAUACAGGAAAAAGGAAGCUCGGAAAUUCCGCAACUCGCGAUAGUUCUCUGACGACCGUGCGACUUUCCUUAAUGAGCGCCAACAAACCGGAACCGCGCGAAAUAAUCUGAUUUGUUUACUAUAAAAUUGAUGACUUGAAAACUCAUCAUCAGUUACAUUGAUCAUCUUCGAAAAUAUUAGAACUUCUAUGAAUAUUUACAUGACAUUCGUAAUGUUGUCAUAAAAUUAUUACUACAGAAAUUCUAUAAUUGUAGCAAUAUCACAUAUGCAAAUAAGUAGCAAUUUAUUCGUUUCCUCGAACCAAGAGUGUCACGACUCUCAUUUGAAACACCCACAUAAAAAAAGACAAUAAAAAAAAAAAACGUAAUUAAUAAAACACCAGAGAACGAUCGACAGAACUCGUCCCACUACUGCAAUGGAAAGUCAUUGAAGAAAGCUUGUCUAGCAACUAUUAAGAUCUAAGUGCCAAGGUUCCUUACAUCCUGUAAUCGCUUCCUUGAUUUUGGAAUGGAUAAACGCGCGUAAUUUCGCGGAUUAAAUACAACGUAAAUUUUCAACAAUUUAUGAUAGAAUAUCCAUUGCCAAUGUUACUUUUUUAUUUAAAAAAAAUUUUUUAAUGGAAAUUAAAUCUUCUAAUUCGACUCUAAUUCAAACAGAUCGUUUGAAAUCAUUCAGCUCGUCUAAAAAUGGGCAAAGUCAAAAGAGAAAAAAGAAGAAAGUGUUUUUGCUUUCAAUUUGCAACAGUUAUACGACACGUAUAUAGAGACAUUCUUAUUCCACAUGCAUGUCGUCAUCUCAAACCAGGGACAAUGCCAUUGCCAUAGUGAAACAGUGAAAGUAUGGUCAUUUUAUUUCUGUCGUGCUUCUGCUCUUUUCUACCAGUACCCUCGAUCUUGACACACGUAGACAUGAAUACAUGACAUUUUCUAUCGCAAUCGGUGUUUCUCAGUUUCACAUGCUCGAUUAAUGUGGAAUCGGAGAUCUUUGUUGUGAUAUAACUUUAAUUUGUAUUUGCUCGUUCUCUUAGUAGGAAAAUUAUUAUAUCAUUUGCUUUACGAGAUGUAUUAGUAAUUCUUUGGUUCGCGUCGAUUGUUCACGUAAAGUCAGCAAUAAUGCCUCCACCAUGGGCAGAUCCGUCAAGCAAUCCCUGCGCUGCUCAACCACGUGGCUGGCAAUUGUUAUUUUGGCCGCCGGAUGGAAAGUGUUACAAAAUAUUCCAGAUUGGAGCUCCAUGUCCAGAGACAAUGGAACUUGGUCCAGCUGCCGGUAGAGGUGGAACUGUAGCUGAAUGCAGAUGUCCUCCAGGAACCGCACAAUCUCCUAGAGAUGCUCUUUGUCACAAGAUUUAUACAAGAGCAUCCUGUCCAAAAGGACAAUUCUUCGCACCCGUACCAAAGACUUUUGGAAAGUCUAGAUGGGGAGUUUGUCAUGAUCCAGAACAAUGUACAGAGAAAGGAGAAAUUUACUGGCCUAGGGAUGGCAAAUGUUAUCCCAAAUUUAGCAAAGGACCAUGUCCAAAAGGUGAACUCCUCACUGUAGAUGAAGAUGGAUUAGCGAUAUGUUCUUGUUCUACAAAUGGAGAACUUGGACGAUAUCAUUGGGCAGGUAGUAUAGGUGGCUGCCACGAACAUUACACUAAAGGACCAUGUACAGAACUUGGAGAAUUAUUUUUACCAGGUGGUAUAUGUGGUUGUCAUUCUAAAUUACCCCAUUAUCAUGAACCAACUGGAAUGUGUUAUCAGUUAGGUGGUAUCGGCCCAUGUUUACAAGGGCAUCAUUUUAUUGUAACAAAUACAGUAAUCAAUGACAAAAUAAUUCGAGCUAAGUGCGUAUGCAAGCCAGGUCAUGUUCUCUAUGAAAAUGGAUUCUGCUACAGACUUUAUACAAAAGGGCCAUGUGAAAAUGCUUAUAUGUUAAUAAAUUCGACGACUUGUAUUCCUGUACCUUGCAAACGAGGACGACUGUAUUUUCCACAAGAAAAGACGUGUUACAAAAUAGGAACUAGAGGACCAUGUCCCAACGGACAAGUUGUUUUAUAUGAUUAUAAUAUACGACCAUCCGUUGAUGGAAUUAGCUAUAAUGGAGUAUGUGGAUGUAAAAACGUAUUGACAAACUCGGAAAAAUGUUCCGAAGAAGUUAAUGAUAGCUGUGAAUCAACACCGGGCAUGAUAGAAAUAAAUAAAACCUGUUAUAAAUUAUAUACCCAAGGCCCAUGUACUGCAGGAGAAUGGUUAGUUGCAAAAAGAAUGCCAAAACAGAGCUUAUGGGAGAACGAAGAAACAGAAACAAGAGCAAGGUGCGAAUGCAGACCCGGGUACAAACGAAUCACGGAAAAUUCACAAAUUGCUGAAUUAGAAAGUAAUAAUCUUCUUUCUCCGGGUGGUUGUCAGCCACCCACAGUAAGUUUAGCAAAGUUUCUCAAUGAAAAAGUGAAAUCAAUAAACUUUUAAAUAUAAAAAUCGGACUAUAUAUAAGAGAUGGUGAUAAAAUGAACUAUUUACUAUAUAAAUUUUUUAGAUAUUCUGUGUAAAUAAUGAUGUACAAAUCUUCUGCAUAAAAUGUUCCCAACAAUCUCGUGCAAAUUU